GUGGCGACAGACGGAUAACAGCGCUCAGUCCACAGCUGCAGAGUGUGUGUGACAUGAAUAUGUUCAGUAUCGGUUCCUGCUGACUUGUCGACAUUUGACAGCAAAUACCACAGCUGAGUGACUUAGACUAUUUGAAGUCGUUUUCUUUUCUCUGUCCUGAAGAGAGACGCAUCUGAAAGCAUCAGUCCAGAGAGCCGCCGCAGGUACUGAAACAUUUAUACCGACAAGAAACCAGCCUGAACAAGCUGUCCGGGGCGUUUGACUUUUAAUAUAUGUGACAGCAGCUGAGAACAUCCUGCUACAUCCACUGACAUCCUCAUAUUUAUGCCGUUUUGUAUUUUUGGAUCACCGACAACAGAUUCACCGAACGUCUCCAUCUUUCAUCAUUCAGAGACAUUUCUGUCCUCGACAGGUUUUCAACGCAGAAACAUCACACCCUCCAGCCCUGCUCAUGGCAAAGAUGAGCUGGGCUGCUGGUACACAGUGUGUGGCCAAGGGGGGCCACAGGAAACCAAAACCUGGAGAACUGUCUUACCACAAAGGAGACAUCCUCACUAUUAUUGACACCAGCAUGAAGAAGGGAUAUUACAAGGCCAAACACAACACCACGGGAGAGGAGGGACUCAUAAACUCCACCAAUGUGCGUGAAAGAGAGGCUCUGCGUGUCGACCCCAGCCUCAGCCUCAUGCCGUGGUUUCAUGGGAAGAUCUCGGGUCCGGAGGCGGUGUGUAAGCUGCAGCCAGCCGAGGACGGCCUGUUCCUGGUUCGAGAGUCCAUCCGCCAUCCCGGCGACUAUGUCCUGUGUAUCAGUAUCUCCGGAGAGGUCAUCCACUACAGGGUGAUUUAUAAGGACAACAAGCUGACCAUCGACAACACAGAGUAUUUCUACAACCUCAUCGACAUGAUAGAGUUCUACUCAAAGAACAAAGGCUCCAUCGCUACAACUCUUCUGAAGCCCAAACAGAAACAAGGAGCCAAGUCAGCUGAGCUGGAGUUGUCGAAAACUGGGUGGCUGCUGGACAUCGCAAAGCUCAAACUGGGAGAGAGUAUCGGAGAGGGAGAGUUUGGUGCUGUUUAUGAAGGAGAGUAUAUGGGCCAGAGGGUGGCAGUAAAGACCAUCAAAUGUGAUGUCACCGCUCAGGCCUUCCUGCAGGAGACCACCGUCAUGACGAAGCUCCAGCAUAAAAACCUGGUGCGACUGUUGGGGGUCAUUCUUCACAAAGGGCUUCAUAUUGUCACAGAGCUCAUGACGAAGGGAAACCUUGUCAACUUUCUGAGGACAAGAGGACGUUCAGUUUUAAACUCAGUUCAGCUGCUUCGCUUUGCUCUUGAUGUGUGUGAGGGGAUGGAGUACCUGGAGUCCAAGAAGUUGGUUCACAGAGAUCUGGCAGCUCGUAACGUGCUAGUCUCUGACGACAGCGUGGCCAAGGUCAGCGACUUCGGCCUGACCAAGGUGGACUCGAAAGUGUCAGAUAACGCCAAACUGCCGGUCAAAUGGACCGCCCCCGAGGCUCUGAAGAAAGAGAAAUUCUCCACAAAGUCAGACGUUUGGAGCUACGGCGUUCUUCUAUGGGAGAUAUUCUCUUACGGUCGUCAGCCUUACCCUAAGAUGUCUCUGAAGGAGGUGAAGGAGAAGGUGGAGGGGGGCUAUCGCAUGGAGGCUCCAGAGGACUGUCCGCCCGGUGUUUACUCCCUGAUGAGGAUAUGCUGGGAGCAGGAGCCACGCAGAAGACCGGCUUUCAACAAGCUGAGAGAGAAACUCGAGCGAGAGAUGGGUAAAUGCAGCCCUAGCCCACGGUCCGAGCAUCAGGAUGGAUCUGGAUGCUGAUCUUGACUGUAAAUCUUGAACUCAAAAUAAUGAGGCUGGAGUUGUGGCGAUGGACAGGUAAUACACACACUGUUAACCGCUCCUGUGUUGGUGUGCGUCACACAAAAUGGUUCAGUGGAGUUCUUACUGGAUUCUUUUAACCUAACGGAUGGGACAAGACAGUCAUAACGUACCACUGGUUCUCAUGUGUUGCCGAUGAGAGAGGGUUUUGUGGUUGGAGCCAUGAAUAUAUAAAACUUUGCUUUAGUGUAUCUGAGCAAAGCAAAAUGGAUGUAUCAGACCGUGCAGCAUGGCUCUAUGGAUGGCAGCGUGGGUGUGUUGGUUGCACCACUGCUUUGGAUCCUUGGCGUGAAACGUUGUACAGACAUUCCUAGUCCCCAGAGGAUAAAUCCCAAUGACUUUGAUGAUCCUCUGACUUUUCCUCUAGCACCACCAACAGGUUGAUAAGCACAGUCUCUAACACUCCCCUCCAGCCAGCUGAGACGAAACGGAGCAUUUCUGACAUUCCCCAGACUGUGAAAAAAAAAAGAAGUGGACGUAGCCGCUGUGACAUCACCCAUUGGUUUGUGGACUACCGCUUUGAAGCUUCGAGUUUGGCAUUUUGGCCUUUGCCAUCUUGGUGGAAUAGAGGGCAAGCUGGGGAAGAUACACAUUGCUACAACUCUGUCCUGACUGACAGGUUGCUGUGGUAGCCACGUGUCAAUCACAAAGUCACCACACAUGAGACUGCAUACCCUGCUUUACCGUGCUUUUUACUCUAAAUGGGACCAACAUUUACAAGAUGAGCACCAAGUUUCACUGAAGACGACUUGAAACUAGCAAUUGAGACCAAAAAGUUGUUGGGCAAAUGUUUACAGAGGUAGUAAAUCAAGUGAGAAUUAGCGUCAUUUUCUCAUAGACUUCUAUAAAUUCAAUCACAAUGGUUGUUAAUAAUAACUUCUGGGCUGAAAAUCCCUGCAUCACAUACAUAAUGUCAAAUGAAGCUGAGCUAACACCAACCCCAUUGGUUAGUUUAAGCAACCUAAAAGGAGGCCCACCAAAAAAAACAAACAAACAAACAAACAAACAAACAAACAAAAAAAACAUCAGUUCGAGUGCAUGCUUAGCCUGAGUGUCAGACUGAAGCUCCCAGAACCUUCAGUCUGACAUCGCCUCCAUUGAAGACGAUUUACAAGGGGGAGGGAAUUUGAUUUUUCCCUAACCAAUCAGUAGAGAUCAACGACUCACCCAGAAUCUGAAGUCAUUAGUAUCCAUGCCUCGGGGGUGCCGAAAACAAGCGAGCAUUGCCCGUUUAAAAUGUCUCCAUCGUUGUGCACGCCCAGCUGCAUCGCCAAAUCCAGUUUAGCAGCUUCCUUAAUUUGGUCCUCCAUUAACGCGAGUAGUGGCCAAAAACCUUGGUAGCAUUGUUCAUUUGGUCUGUAGGAUCUGUAGCGGUUGCCAUUGUUGCUAUCCUCACCGGCGCACAGCUUGACAUCAGCGUGGCGCCGAUUGGCUAAUCGCUAGACCCGCCCCCACCCCUGGCGUUCAUUGGUCCGUCCAUCGUUUGGACGAGAUAAAUCACAAAUUCAUUGAAGUAUGCCAGACCAGAGAUGCAAGCCUACUCAGUUGAGUGGGCAGGGUCUAUGGUCUGGAACCAGGCUAAUGCAUGCUAUAUUUAAAACAUUUUCCCAGCUUUACCUUGCUGUCAAACAACUCUUUCCGAAAGGCAACUGAAGCAGUUAUCUCAAAGCCACCAGACCCCUUUGACAAAAACAAGAAUUUUACUUUGCAGAACACAGGAGUUGCUGGUCUAUCAUUUCCACAAUCCAUUAGUGUGGAAAGGAGAGCAUCCAAAUUAAUACAAUAUAUAUAUAUAAUCUAAUUUAUUACAAUAUAGCAUAUUAAUAAUAAACUUAAAAAUAUACAUGAACAUUAUUUUAUACUAUGAAAAGGAAUGUCAUUUCAGUUGGAUCUCACCACAGGACAAUGCACAGCCAAUAUCUCUGAAGUCUUUUGACACUGUGUUUGUAGCACCAUACUAGAUCCCAUUCAAUGAAUCUCCUGAAUGAUAAAUCAUGUGUGAAUGUCAGUUCAGUCAGUCCGAUAAGAGCAGCUGGGAUUCAGUGUCUGUCCAUCUGGGUGUUCAAAGAUGUAGAGUUUGGCAUAAAUAGUUUAUUCAUAUUUAAUGUUUGGGAGAAACAACAGGCAGAGAUUAAACGUAUGGGAAGCAGAGAGAUGGAGAAAGAGGAAAAAUGUUUAUCCUGGAUUUAAUCACAGAUCAUCCAAAUCUGUUUCUUGGCAUUAAUGCUCAUUGCUCAACAAUAUGCCAUGGACUCAGGGCUUAGAGUGAAAAAUAUUUAAUGCUGUUGCUGGUUUGUUAUAACAGAAUAAUUUUACUUAAUGCAUACUUAAAAACACAGUGUGUGCAGGCAAUACUGGCAGGUUUAUUUGCAGCAGAUACUCUGUUAAGGAGCUUUUUGACUUUUUGAUUUGUUUUUUUAGAAACCAAAUCUCGCACUAUUUUGUUACCUAGACACCAGAAUAAAUGUUGGAUUUAUACAUUUCUGUACAUGAUGGAUACAUUACAUUUUUACAUUAUUAUGUAGCAGAUGUUAAAACCCUAUGUUUCUUUUCAUUUCAUUAGCGCCUUGGUUAACGUCUGGUUAAGUUUAGGCACAACCAAGAACGGACAGCGGAGGAAAUGCCCGCACAACAUGCAACUGAGCUGGACAGCCACAAAAAAGGUUUGCAGGUUGAGAUCAAUGCAAAAAAAAGUAAAUUUAUUUAGGACAUCUGUGCCCGAAAAGAACUGUGCUCAAAGUGCAAAAAAUUAUUCAAAAAAAAAAAAAAGUGAACACUGCACUGCACUGAUGAUAGUCAAGGACUGAAACGUUUGCUGCUGUUUUUAUUCAUGCUUUAAUUAUUUUUUGCAAUUUCAGCACCAUUAUUUUGUGCAUGGAUGUCCGAAAUAAAUUGAAUUUUUUUUGCAUUGAUCCUAGCCUGUCAACCUUUUUUGUUGCUGUCCAGCCCAGUUGCAUCAGUGUGCAGGUAUCUCCCCUGCUGUCCUUUCUUGGUUGUCCAUUGUACCGACGCACUUAAGAUUAAUUUUUUUGUUGCCCUAAGUAGGUGCAGCUUCACAACAGCCCUAAGUUUAGGCCCAAAAAUUACUUUGUUAAGUAAUUUCCAGUAAUUUCUGGAAAAGCAGUAAUUUCUCGGUUAAAAACAACUGCUUUUCAUGGCACUGUCCCUGCUGGAAACACAGUAAUGGUUCAAUAAAAAAACACCCCCAUUUGGAGCCUAAAAAGUUCCUGGAAAGGCAGUGAUAACUUGCCAGAACAGUGGUCUGCAGCUUAGCAGGCAUCUCGCCCUCUCGAUGACAAAGUCAGCUCAUAUACUAUGUCACUUUAGAAACUGUUGAUGAUACAUAUGAAACAUAGAAAUGUUACGUAUCCAUUAUUUGCAGAGAUGUACAAUGCCAAAAUUUUCCUCUGCUGACUGGGCUGUAUUUUUUUCAUCGCAUCUACCAGUCAUCAUACUUUGGGCAGACUUUGAUUCAAUUCAUUCAAAUUUAAUUUAUUUCCUCAGACUAAAUCAAUGGAACAUACAGCAUUUAUUUAUCACUACUUUGUCCUCCCUCUGUACGAGGAAUUUGAGAUUAUAAGAGUGACUUUGUGUUAUCCACAGUCCUCUUGGGAUUUUUACAGGUACAAAAUGUAUUCUGCUUUCAUUAUCUUUGGACUUCACAUCAUUAUAUUACAUAUAUGGUAACAUAUUCUAUUUAUUAAUGUACCACUUGUUUCACUGCAUGUGAUUAUCAACUGGUUUUAAUAGAAAUGCAAUAAAUGUUCAUCUCUCUGAUGAGACAAAUACAUUUUCACUUCAAAAGUCAUCACAAAAUGAAGCCUCUUUUUUUGGACUGUUGUCACGUCACCACACCAAAUUAAAGAUGUCAUUUGAUUUAAGUCCACGUAAGCCUGGUAUUUGUCUCUGUCCCAGGAGACGGACCCCAAAUUGAGGCUUGAUCCUUCCUCUCUUGUUAUAGUACAGUGCAAGCGUAGGGUCUUCCACGAUUUGUUCAAUCUGCUCUGUGUGUUUUCCUGAAGCUCUCCAAUGGGAUGAGCUGCAAUUUUCUGGACACGGAUUUA